AACACACACGCAUCUCAUCACAACUGCCAAUCAGACUGAGGGGAGGCGUCAACAGAAUUUAAAUAUAAAUAUUUUGGCCUGUAAGUGAACACAUCCGCUGCACAACUUUGAAGAGGAACGAUAAAGAAUUUUGCUCAUAAGAUCCCCUCCAUCCUUUCUGGUUCUGCUCUGAGGACAGAAUGAUGUUGUGCUGGAUACUAAUAUCACUGUUUGUUGGAUUUCUUAAAGCACAAGAAGUAAUUUACGCACAGAUAGGAGGGACUGUUACCCUACCUAGAGAGAACAUAGAAGCAGGAAAUGCUUAUGUGAACUGGUACCGCGGGAACGACGAAUUCAUAACUAUCAGCAGGAAUCCUCAGGGUGGAAUCCAAAGGGGUAAAGAAACGAAGACACACGCCGAUCUGUUGCCAGAUUUCUCUCUUAAAAUCUCACCAGUACAGGAAUCAGAUUUUGAAAUUUGGCGCUGUGAACAAUAUGUAUUAUUAAAAAAGUUUGAAAAGACCUACAAACUGUACCAUGUCACUAUACCCAAAGUGCCUGCUGUGAUGGCUGGCGACUCUCUGUCUCUGGAAUGUAAAAUGGACUCUAGUCCAGUUAAACCCGAAGUAAGAUGGAUUCCACCUGAAAACUCAGAUUGUAAUCUAAGGAAUCUUUACGGCGAGAAAAUUGAAGUCAAAGGUGUAUCUAGAUGUCAUAGUGGUGUUUGGACAUGCAAGUUGGAGUAUGGUACGAGGAAAACCGAAGCAACAACAACUGUUUCUGUAAUAGACCUCUCCCGUUCUCCAGAUACCAUUUAUACCUCGUCCUCUAAAGUCAACAUUCCUUGUUCUUUGUCUUCUAACAUUCCCUGGUCCAUCUUGAAAGAAACUGGUCUCAGGGGUGGUAACUGGAGCUUCACUCCUCUCAGCGAUCCGAAGUUAACACAAUCUCUCCUCAGCCUUAGUUUUGAUCCGGUGGUCAGAUGGAACGACACGCAGCACUCAGACGGUACUGUCAAGGACAAGGGAAGAGAGUUGAAAGACCAGGAUCUGUCGAUUAAUCUGCCUGUAUCAGAGAACAUAAGGGGGGUUUACACAUGUGAUCUGAUAUUUAGCACCAAGACCCUCAGCAGAAAAGUCCAGGUGGAGGUUCUGAAGGUUUCCUCUUCUGGAGGUUCUCGAGUAUAUGAAGGCCAAAGUGUGAAUCUGACAUGCACAUUAGGACAUCACAAUACCUCCGGCCUCGGGGUGAAAUGGAAUUGCUCGUCUUGCUCCGUUUUUUCCGGUCUCAACCCUCAUCCAUCUACUUUGUCCAUACCUGAAGUGAAAGUGGAGCACAGUGGAAAAUGGACGUGUGAACUCUGGAAAGAGGGGAAGAAGCUGACAUCUGCUGUGCUAUCAUUAAAGAUUGAGAAAGCUCCAGUGGACAUCUGGCUUUGUGUUGCCAUCAGCAGUGGAGUCGUGGUCUUCAUCUUGCUCCUUGUGAUCAUCAUCAAAUGCAUUCGCAGACACAGACAGGUGAUGAUGUACAGACGACGCAAAACCAAAUUCUGCUGCUGCAAAAAUCCCCAGCAGAAUCAAAUGGGAUUCUACAAGACGUGAGGAUCUUCUGCUUUUCAUUUUUAUAAUCAUAUUAAUGUACAGUUGCCUAAACAAAUCCUCCUGUGCCAGAACUCAUGGUCUUCAUUGUGCAGAUGAUGCUGGAAUUUUUUUAAUUAUUUUGUCAAAUACUCUCAUAGACACUUUAUAUACUUGAACAUGCUUGAUCACAAGCUAUGUUAUAUGCAACUCAAACAAUAUGCUGUAUCUCUUUUGGUGUAUAUAACAUGAUAUAAUUUGUUUGGAAGAUAAAUGUGCAAAAAAUUUGUUAUUUCCUAUAACAUAGUACAAUACAAAAUAAAAUGUU